GGUCGCAAUUCCUACUCUAAUUUUACAGUUGUUUCUUACAAUACUUUAAAAAAAAUGUCGUACAUAUUAGUAAUAUUUGGGUAUUGUGUUUUAAUUUCAACGAUAGUUUAUUGUGAUAAAAUCGAUACUAGUUGCACUAGCGGAAGGUUUAGCGCAGUUCGUAUGGGCAACUGCAAGGGAUUUUAUUAUUGUAUCGAGGUGCCCACCGGUAGUUUUUAUGCAGUCAAAUACGAAUGUCCUGUUGGAGAAUCGUUUUACAACGCUGGACAGAGAUGUUUAUUGGAUGGUAGCUUUAAUUGCGACGAAUCAGCAAGUGACACCAUAUUUCAGGAUAAAAAUGCUUUAAAUCAUUUCCAAUGCCCAGCGCCUGGACAUUUUCCCGAUACAAAAUCAUAUGAUUGUAAAACGUACUAUACAUGUUCAUUGGAUGGAAACAACGAGUUGGUGGGCAAAUUAGUAACGUGUCUUAAUGAUACAUUAUUCUCAUGGGAUGAGAAGAAAUGUGUAAGUGAUUUUUCCUACGAGUGUCCAAAUUUCGUGCCAACAAUGGUUCUGAUUACCAACUCAAUCAUGUCGCAGAAAACGAAUUUUUUAAACGAGUUUAUAUGUCCAUCCGCUGGUCGAUAUGAAAAUACGGAAUCUAGUGAUUGCAGAGAUUACUAUCUAUGUACGGUAUCUGCUGAUGCGACGAUUAAGGCUACCCUAACUCAAUGUCCAUCGACCACGGUAUUCUCACCGGAUGAUAAAAAAUGUGUCAAAUCAUCGCAAUAUCAAUGUCCAGCCCAGACUAAGCCUGUGGAGGCAACUUCGACCACUAUAGCUUUAACUCCCGAGGUUGGAUAUCAAUGUCCAGGAAUUGGUCAAUAUCCUCACGAAGAGUCUCCUGAAUGUAAUUCUUAUUAUGUGUGUACUUUGGAUGUAUUUGGAGAUCUUAUUGCUGUAUUGACUGAUUGCCCACAAUCUACGAUAUUCUCCUGGGAUGAAAACAAAUGUGUAUCGAGGAAUUUAUUUACAUGUCCUAAUACCGAACUAAAAGAAACAACUACACUACCUUCAACAUCAAUCGUUUCCACAACGCAAACUGUUGACUAUAAAUGUACAGGUUCUGGGUCUUACCCGAACAAAAAUUCACAUGACUGUACAACUUAUUACUUAUGUUUAACCGGAUUGGAUGGAUUCUUAUUCGCAGUGAUAAUUGGCUGCCCAGAACUUAAAAUUUUUUCUUGGGAUACUAGGACAUGCGUUUCUGCAUCAUCCUAUAUCUGUCCAAAUCAAACCCCUCCAUCAACAAAAGUUCCAGAAAUUACGAUGCCAACAACCACUAUACCGAUAUCAUCAACUACGAUCUUUUUGACAACCUCUCCAUCAGAAUCAAUAACGACAACAUGGGCAACUACAUCAACUUUGUUUCAAACGACCUCAAUCGCAUACUCUUCAACGUCUAUUUCGUCCCCCUCAUAUCCUGAACAAAAUAUGUGUAAAUCCGCCGGACGAUAUCCGAAUCUAGAGCAACCCGACUGUCAAUCUUACAAUUAUUGUAUUCAAACCGCCAAUGGAAACUUUUUAAAAUACACGUUUAAAUGUCCUGCGAAGUCAUUCUUCGACCCGGUGAAACAAAGUUGCUCCACCAACUACGAAUGUCCUCAUGUUCCAACUGAUGUUACAACUGAAGUAGACACGACUUUAUUACCUUUCAACUGCACCAGAAGUGGACGUUUUCCCAAUCUGCUAUCAUCGUCCUGCGAAUCUUACGUAUAUUGUAUGAAAACAACUGAUGGGAAACUAUUGACCUACGUUUUCAAAUGUCCAGCCUCAUUUCUUUUCAGUCCAAACGAAGGAAGAUGCUCGUUAAGUCAUGAAUGUAAAUAUUGAGACACCGUGAAGAAACAAACAGUCAAUAAGCAUGUUUUCCACACGAAUCAUUUUGUUUUACGUUCACCUCAUUUUGUGUUUCAUGCUGAACACUUGUUCUGAUUUUAAGAGUAAAUAAAGAAUAUCCAUACAUUCAAACAAUAACAUCAAGUACGUUUUAGUAUGUAACGUUAGCUUAGUUGUAAAGUCUU